UUAAAUAUUUCGAUUCAAAGGUAAGCCUUAAGCAUCUAAACUUCAUGAGUGAGCAGCCGAUUGGGCUGUAAUUGGUUAACUAAAGUACCAACUUGCCUCACCCCUUAAAUAUUUCACCAGAGUUUAGACCAGUAUAAGCAACUUCAAGAAUUCUGUUGAGCAAUAAGCCAUGACUAAUCACUAAUUAUUCCUGCAAUAAAUCUCUUCUUGCGAGGAACAUGUUUAGACUAUUCUAAGCCAAGAGCCAUGGAAAGUAAGAGCAAAGAUUUACCAUGAGAAAGUUGGGACUCAUGAGAUUACAUCGAUGAUGGAGACUUAGAUCCUAUCAAAGGUACAGACAUUAGCAAAAGAAACAGUGUAAAGCAUUUUAAAGUAAACAGCUUUGAUUUUCUAAAACGAAAGGGAUCGGUUAGAGCUAGCUCAAACAACCUGACUGUUCAGAGAGACUCCCUCAAUGCUGAGAAGAAUGCUUUCAUUGCUCAGAUGAAAUGCAAGUCAAUGCGUGAGAAGGAACCUCAAUCUCCUAUCAAAAGCGAAGGAGCCUUAAGAUCUGACUCUCAAAUGUUCGAGAGCUCAAAAUAAUAAGAGUAAAUUCAGAAUUUUUAAAGAAAAAGCCAACUUGAAGAUCAAUUUAUCAGUCAACAACUCUGAAGCCUCAAAGAAGCAGAUAGUUACAAAAAUACCAAUGAACUUUAUCCAGUCAAAUAAAGUACUGGAUAAUUUAGGAAGCCUCACUCCAAUCAAAGAAAAAGAGAACCUUGAGUCUGAAAAAGAGAAAGAGGAUACCUAUGAGAAGUAUCUCCAGGAGAUCGCUGAGGUGGGGGAUCUCCCCCAUGCCAUCCACAUAUCUGAUGAGCAUGUGCUUCAGCCUGGUAUCAAUAGGUCUUCUAUCCCGAAUAAUAUGAACGAGAACUCGGAAUGUGCAUUCCAGGUCUUCACAGCUAGGCCUAAUUCUCAGAGAAUAAAGGUGUUCAACUUCUUACCCUCAGACAUCGUGAAGAGGAUCCCCUUAGACAACAUUGAGGAGUGUAAAAGUGAGGAAAGCAACCCUUUCCUGGCUGCUCAAUCUCUCUUAAUAGAUAGUGGAGCCACUCCUAUCUUUAAGGAGCCAGCACCUGGCUUCAGUGAAAAGAACGAAGCAUAUUGGCUUGCAUCUAAUGCAAAAGCUGAUUUUGAUCAUGCGGAUAGAUAUCUCUAUGAAUUCUUUAACCAUAAAGAUUACCAUAAUUUCAAAGAGGAAUUUCAGAAAACAAGCUGAUCACCCAGUAUGAGAGCUACGAAACCUAAAUAAGGUCUGCAUCGGGGAGCAUGACCCUGAGAAAAAGAUUGCUCUGAUCGAGAUUGACAAAACCAUCAUGCUAAUUUCUGAAGAGAAAAUCGAAGAUAUGCCCUUCUACAGCUAUAUAGACAAAGAGUUUGCCUCACAUCUUGGAAGAGAGCCUUUCUACAUCUACCUACGCCCUUUCGUUUUCGGGUUCCUAAAGGCUCUAAUGAGGGAAUAUGAGCUCGUGGUCUACUCCAAACUCGAGAAGAAGCUACUAAUAUUUCUUCUUGAUAUCCUUCAAUCAGAGAAUGAGUACUUUACCAUCUCAAUCUCACAUUGAGUGCAAGGGAAGCCAAAAUGACUGAGUAGGUUCUUUACAGAAGGGAGAUCACAGAAGAACAUGGUUUUAAUAGACUCUAGCCCAGAAGUAGCCUCAGCUAACAUGUCAAACUGAGUCCCUAUCCAUCCUUUCAAAGGUGAGAAACUGGAUGUUUUCCUUGUGUAUCUCAGGAAAUACAUGUUAGAACUCAGCGCGAUGGAGGAUAUGAGUGAAAAAAUUGAGAAGGAUUUCUCAAUAAUGAACUAACCCACUUGCAGCUAUGUUGAACAAUUUUAUGCUUAAAGAGAAUUCUGAGCUAAUUAAAAAUAUAUAACCCCAUCUUUGAUAUUAUCAAGUUUAACUUUUA